AUGGGUCAAAAGAAAAAUAAAAAUGAGGCCAAGAAGGCGAAUGAGCAACCCAAGAAGGAGAAUGAGCAGCAGAAGAAGAUAAAUGAUCAGCAGAAGAAGGCGAAUGAGCAACCCAAGAAGGAGAAUGAGCAGCAGAAGAAGGUAAAUGAUCAGCAGAAGAAGGUGAAUGAGCAGACGAAGAAGGUGAAUGAAUCUCCAAAAAAGGUCAAUGAACAAGCUAAACAGCAGAAGAAGGAAGGGAAAAAGAAUAAUAAAGAUGUGCCUGAUGCGCCGAGGAAGAAUGUGCAACCGGAAAAAGGUAUAUUGAAAGUUCGAUUUGGUACGUUUUUCCUUGUUUUUUCUUUUGAGUUUAGAUCUAUCAUCUUGUGUUUGGUGAAGGACAUCUAUCGACCUGGCUUUCGGGUCAGACUAUCAAAAUGUUGAAGUUAUUCUAGACGGGCCGAAGGUCUGGCCCGAGAGUUAUGGUUGGAUUAUCUUUUUCGUUUUCUCUUUCUUAACACUUAAUAUUUUAUUUUAACAAAUCACUAACAUGAAAUUUUUAAUUAAUUUACAGAGAAAAAGACAAUCUUAAUGUUACACUAGGUAUCAAAAGUAAGCUAAAUGGUUUUUUCUACAACUUUUUUAAAAAGGUAGCAAAGGACAUGAAAUUUGGGACAAUUUUAACUCAUUUAUUUAGUAUAAUAUUGCUAAACGAAAAGUUUAAAAAUUCGUACACGCUUUGCCGUUACACCGCUUUUUCUAAACGCCUAUGUUCAUAUAACUACUUUUACUAGUUUUCUUCUAACGAAACCUAAAUUGAAGUGUUUACUUUUUGUUUGAAUGUUUUAGUUUUUAAGCCUUUUAAUAUAACGAUAAGUAAAUUUUUAUCUUUCAGUGCCCGGCGACAGCAGUGACAAGCCUCCAAAUCCCCCAUCGCCAAUCUCACGGCCAUACCCAUUUUUGUUGUCGGAUGAGAAGAAUAUGCAUCCAGUUUUUGGUCGUCUGAAGGCUCAAAGUAGUGCUGGCGAUUUGUAUGGCAUUGAGAGUGUGAUAUUGGAGUUCUUGAACUGUUUAGCACAGGUAAGGAUAUUAUUCUUGACAAUAUUUGUUGGUUUAGGAAAAAUUGUGUUUCUGAUCGAACUUUUGUUUAAAUUAUGGAAAGAUGAGGUUAUAUUGAUUGGAAAAAGAGUAAAGAAAAUUUUUUAAGUUUUGUGGGGGCUUGGGCUGUUCAUUUCUACUCCAUAGAGCUUCAUAUUCAUAUAAAAUACCUAUAUUUAAAGUUUUAUCAUUUCAGUUCAUCAACGAAUUCAAUGGAGAAGCAAAAACCAAAUCCUAUAGAGACUCCCUCCUUCAGAACCUUCAACCACAGCUCAGUUGUCUAACCGAGAAUGGGCACAAACACUUUCCUCUAGCCUUGGGCAAUGUAAUUCGCCAGUUUAAAAAAUUUGCCGGUCUAUUAUCAGAAGACAUAACGUCCGAUGAGUUCAGGGAUCAAGCUAAGGAGUGGCUGGACGACUUUUACAAAGCCAAUUUUACCCAAGCCACUCAAGCUAUAGUUGACUUUACUAUCGAGAAGAUAUACGGGUUAUCAGCUACAUCAUUGCUGACAUUUGGAUGGUCGCCAGUGGUGGAGAGGAUUUUGUUAGUAUUAACGGAUAAAACAUCUGAUAAUUGGGAUGUGGGCGUGGUGGAUUCUGUGCCUAAUGGUAAAGGUAAGUUGUUAUAUUGUUUUAGGUUUUCCUUUAGUUUUAGCUUUUUCUUGAUUUUGGGCUUUAUUUUAUAAUUUUUUACCUUGUUUUAGGUUAUUUUAGACGUUUUUGCUGUUUUUUUUAUAAUUUUUAAGAUUGUUUUAGCUGAUUCUAUAAUCAUAGCCAGUAUUUUUUAAUUCUUAGCUUUAUCUUACUUUUCAAAUUCCAGCCCUACCCCUCGCCAAAGAGCUCUCAUCACGUGGUAUACGAUGCACAUACGGCCUCCUCAACGCAGUAGCCGAAAUGACUCGAACCGCCCAUCUUGUCCUACUAGGCGGAACGGCAGUUUUAUCAAAUGGCAGUGUCCUAGCACCACGAGGAGCAGGCCUGGUAGCAUUAGCGGCUCGUGCCAGAAACAUACCCGUCUUAAUGACCGUGAAAUCGUAUCAAUUCAUCGACAAAGUUCGAACGAUGGAAAAGCACAAUCAAAAUGCGUUGGAUUCGGAGCCUCUGGAGUUGAUACCGGCCGAUUUGAUCACUGCCUUGGUGACGGAAAUUCGCAUUUUACCACCGACCUCAGCACCCGCCGUUCUUAAAGCGAAACAACUGAUUUCGGCUUGA